AUGAAGCAUACAAUACUAAGCGCAGUCAUCCUCCUCCCCCUCGCCUACAGCAGAACCGCCAAAGAGCUAUGUCGCGGUACCGCUGAACUAUCCUCCGAUGGCAACUGGUACUGCUCCGAGGUCUGGGCCAUUACCUACCGCAACAUCAGCCAGCCUGGUGCCUACAAUCGGACCACUACAGUCGAUCCAAAGACUGGUCUCUGUGGUCAUGAACGUGUCGACUAUCCUAGCGCAGGACCACUGACACCAUUGUUCGGACAGCCGAACUGUACCUGCAUUGAAGACGAAAAUCCCGAACCCAUCUUCCAGCGACCCAAUGGGCAGGUUUACGUCAGUCCGACGCCGACACUGAAGCAUGCACCGGGGACAUCAUCGACACAGGACACCUUACCAGUGUCACAGCAUCCAGAUGGACAGCCUUUCGAGGUCCCCUCACCUUCAUCAUCAUCACCGCAAGACACCCUACCAGUGUCCCAGCAUCCAGACGGACAGCUCUUCGAUUCCCCUUCGCCCUCACCGUCAUCAACACAAGACAUAUUACCGGUUUCGCAGCUUCCAGACGGACAACCUGUCCAGUUCCCCUCGCCCUCGCCAUCAUCAAUGCAAGGCAUAUUGACAGUAUCCCAGCGCCCAGAUGGACAGCCUAUCGUACCCUCGCCUUCACCAUCAUCACCACAAGAGACGUUACCAGUAUCGCAGCGACCAGAUGGACAGCCUUUUCAAGUCCCUUCGCCCUCACCGUCACCUCCACAAGACCCAUUACCAGUAUCACAGCGUCCAGAUGGACAGCCUUUUGACAUGCCUUCGCCCUCGCCAUCGCCCAUUUCGAAGAGGCAGGGUUCAGAUUGGAAGCGGAUAGCAUACUACACGUCUACAUCACCGGCUCAAGCCACCGGGCUGAGCUUCGUGGCUAACCUGGGUGAUCCCCAAAAGUCUGGUACUUUUGACUAG